AUGUCGUUCAAUAACCCCUUGGGAUUUAAUGUAUCCAAAGCAAUUCCCACAACCUCCACCACAAAUACUAAUACGACGUCUACGGCCACUUCUCAAAACAACUCACCCUCACCCUCAAGACAUGGCCACAAUGACCAACUAAAUCUCGGCAAAGCCAAUUGGAAGGAUCUAUCUGAGUCCAUGAAACUUAAUGCUUCUUCUGGCUCCUCACCAAAGGUGCUCCAGCCUGCUCUGACCACAGAGUUGAGUGAGGUGACACCCACAACGGUGAAAGUAACCGAGCACUCCAAUGGACCUCGGGAAAAAACAGAUCUCAUUGGUCUUUUUGAUAAGUUUGACGUCAACAUCAAGAGUGACAUGGACGAUGAUGAGGUAGAGGUUGAUUCGCUAGAGGAAAAAAUGAAGCAGUUCAAGCCAAAACCAAGACAGAAUUCCAACUUAUCCACCCUGACUGAUAAUGUCGACGAGAAAGACCAUCUCAGCACAUGUACCGAACCAGCAAUUGAAGAACAACUGAAAGUCGCAAAAACCAUAGAGGGAGCGUCCGCAGGUAACGAUCAGAAUGACGCAUCGACUGUCACUGAACAGCCGCAGCAACCAAUGACCGAAAAGAAAGUAAUCGACGACUCAUCCGAAAAUGGUCAGGAUGAAUCGUCAAAUAGUAAUUGGAAAUCAACGAAUGAUACAGGAGAUGUGCAACAAGACAACGAGACCGAGUUAGCCCAGCCGAAUAGACCAGGGGACGAUGAAGUGGACGUUCUAAAGGAUACUCAAUCUGAAACUGUCCAAGAUUAUCAAAUUAAAGAGAGUGAGCUACCCUCUGAAUCAAGUGCUGCUCCAAUGCCACUGCGUCCUCGACAGAGAAGAAAUAAUUCUAUUCAAAGAACUUAUGAUUCCAUCAACCCACAAGAGCAAUAUCAGAAAUCACAUAGACCUUUUGAUUUCCAAGUUUUCCUUUCGCAUAUUCGUAACAAAUCAGCAGACCCGCUUGUUCGCUACAUAAGAUCCUUUUUGGUGUCCUUCACUAGACAAGCCCCUGCCAUGUCUUCUGCCCAAAGAAUCAAGGCUGUCAGACAAUUUAAGGAAUUCAUUAAUGGUAAAUUUCAAGAAUUCGAACCUUUUGCAUCCAUGGAUAGCAAGGAUCUUGAGAACUCAAAUGAGGGAAUUGAAAAACUUAUCAUGAAUCGGUUGUACGAAUAUACUUUUUCGCCAGAAGUAUUCAACAAAAACGAGUCUCGUACACCGGAAUCCUUCUUGCAAGAUCUACGAGACGAUGUCAAAUUCACAACUCAGCUAGACAAGUUCAGCUGGGUGUCUGGUCCACACCUAGACGUGGAUCUCAAUGAGAUAUCACAAAGAAAACGGGAAUCCUCCAAGGAAAGCUUGAACUACCUUGAUCAAGCAAUUAAUGAGCUAAACAAAAUCAACAAUUACAGGGCUCCUCGUGAUAAAAUCAUUUGCAUACUAAAUUCUUGCAAGAUCAUUUUCAGCUUACUUCGUGUUAGCAAGCAAGAAACUAACGCCGAUGCGUUUAUACCACUACUUAUAUUGGUGAUCAUUAGGGCGAAGACGCCCAAUCUUAUUAGUAAUAUUCAUUACAUUGAAAGGUUUAGAGGGGAACAGUGGCUUCUGCAUGGAGAAACCAGCUACUACCUUUCAUCAAUACAGGGGGCCAUCACCUUCAUCCAGAAUAUUACCCGAGACGAUCUUACAGUAUCUGAUGAAGAGUAUGAAGCCAACAUAGAAGCAUGGGAAGCUGACAUUAGACAGCGACCACCAUAUCUCAUCAUUCCGGAACCUCGUGCUUCAGAUAGCCCCCCUGAAAGUGGUCCGAUUGUACGUACAAAUCUUUCCCCAUCAAGUGUAUUAAUGGCAAGUGCCGAGACUUUCAAAAAAUCAAUUUCGAACUAUUUAUCACCACCUCCUCAAGAAUCAUCUCAGGAGCGAGCUACACAACGCGCUGAGGAGCGAGAAGGGCAUAGACCAUCUGAGGAGGAUGUUGACGCUGCUUUUGGUCAACUCUCUGAGAUGUUUCCAACUCUUGAUAAAGCCAUACUCAGAGAUCUUGUUGUUAUGAACGAAGCCAACGUUGAAAAAACGUUGGAUGUCUGUUUGCAACUCGUGAACGAGAGCUAA